AUGUCUAUUCGAAAGCUUCUUACUUUCACAACAGGAUUAACACUUGGUGCCGUCUCUGCUGAUUAUCUUCUCGUCAAGAAAUAUUACAAUGUCAAUUAUUGUUAUGAAAAUGCUGAACAUGACUUGUUAGGAACUUUUUCACAGAGAAAUCCAAGUGAACCUUCAUUGUGUGGAAUUGAUCAUUAUAGAACAUUUAUUGAAUUACCAAAAGAUGGAAGUUUUACUAUUGAUCAAUUGGCAAAUUCAUUCUUUUCCAAUCCAUUGUUUAGAACACAAACUAGAAUAUUAGAUAGUCAAGUAACAAGUGAACAACAAGUGGACGAAUGUAAAUUUGAUAUUGGUGAUAAGGUAUCUGAAUUUAAAGUCAUUGAAAAGAAUCAGAAUGAAAUCAUGUUCAGAUCAAGUGAUGGUUAUUUAUUGUGGUUGAAAUUAGCCAAUGAAUCGAAUAAGAAAGUUCAACUAAACUUUGGAAGUUCCAUGAUGAGUGAUUCACCACAUGCCAAAUUACCACCAGUAGUUGAUAAAAUUAUAUUGAAUUUACAUUUUCUCUAUGCAAGAUAUUUAUUAGCCUUUACAAAGAAACAAUUCACUUCCAAAUUUGUAAAACAAUAA